CCAUAUACGGGUUUGUUGGACUAUUUAUUAUUGCGGAUUCUCAAUGUUUUGCGUAUUGAAUUCGCGGGCGGUGUAUCAAAACUUUGUGCAUCCUUUUCCGAACUUUUGAGCUAACGACCAAUCAAUGGAAAACGCAGUGAGCGGUCGAACGGUUCCCCUUGAAUUUUAUUUUUUGGUCAUCACACCCUUUCAUGUCGUCACUUUGCCCUUCAUUCUCGGUAUCUGUUGGCAUUCCCGUUUUUGGACUUGGAUUCACCCAGAAGAACCAACUGGUAGUGGCUGGAGGCGGAGGAGCCGGCCGUUCAGGGAUAAAAAAUAAAGUGUCAUCGUACCGCAUUGAUGUUCGCCGCAAAGAUCUGGAAGAGGAAGCCUCGUUGGAAUUGUCCCCCGAUGAAGAUGCUCCCAUGUGUUUAGACGUGCAUCCAACAGAUCACGUCGUGGUAGCAGGCGUCAAUCAAAGUAAAGACCACAUGGAACGAGGCGAUAAUCAAAACUGUCGAGCCUUGUCCGUCUCGGAAACCAAUAUCGAUUGUCAACAAACGAUAAAGUCAAUGGCAAGCACCAACGCAGAUGAUUAUCAGAAAGUGGUGCGAUUCAGUCACGACGGCAAAUUGGUGGCCACAGGCGCAACCAAUGGCGAGAUCCACGUUUUCAAAUACCCGGAAUUCGAGGCACACAUGGAUAAAGUCGAACUGGAAAAGUCAGAGAUAUUGGAUGUGGAUAUCAGCGAUGAUAAUGCUAAAUUAGCCUGCGUGUCACGAGACGCAUUACGCAUUGUGCGAUUGCGCGGUAAAAAUGCAGGUGAAAUCGUUCAAACCAUUCACGCUUCGUCUUUGGAAAAGAAACAAAAAGUCGAGUUUCGAUCAUUCAGACACGGACGUGGUUACACAAAGGAGAUGGCUUUUGCGGUCGUCAACGGUCGUGAUCGUGCUUUUGUAUGCAAAUUUGAUGUUUACAGUUUGGAGCAACAGAAAAUGGUCAAGGUAUCGAACAAACCAAUCACCGCUUGCUCCUUGAGUCGUGACGGCGCAUUGUUAGCUAUUGCUACGUCUGACCUAUCAAUUAUUCUUUUGGAUGCAUUGAAUAUGAGGGUGCUGACCACAUUGAAGAAUGCUCACGGAUUCUCGAUCACCAGCAUCGCCAUCAGUGCCGAUCGUCGUCUAUUGGCCAGCGGCUCCGCAGAUAACACAUGUCGCAUAGUGAGUCUUCCGGUACAAUUCCCAUCUCAUUCUGUGAAUCCUUUAUAUACAUUAUUGCUGGCGAUGAUUGUGGCUGGGUUGGUGUUAUGGAUCACGACGGUAUAUAAUCAAGGUACGGUCGAGAACAGUAUCUUUUUAAAAGGAGGUUUAGACGAUCAUGCAGAGGCGGACAUUCCGGCCACGACCGUGGAUAAGUACUUAAAAGUAGUUCCUUCUGCCACCACUCACUUUGAGCCACCUUCUACUCCCUUGUUCGAUUCACGAGAAGAGCUGUAGAUACACCAUCAAUUCUUGUCAACCACCCUAAUGUAAUAAAAAAAAUGGCACUUAUAUAUUUAUUAUCCAC